AUGAUGUCCAUGAACAGCAAACAGGCGCACUUCGCCAUGCACCCUUCUCUACCCGAACACAAGUACACCACCCUGCACUCCAGCUCUGAAGCUAUCCGGAGAGCCUGUCUGCAGACUCCACAGCUGCAGAGUAACAUCUUUGCGAGUUUGGAUGAGACGCUCCUCGCGCGCGCAGAGGCGCUGGCGGCCGUGGACAUCGCCGUGUCUCAGGCCAAGACUCACCCCUUCAAACCGGAUGCCACGUACCACACGAUGAGCACGGUGCCCUGCUCUUCUGGCUCCACCGUCCCGCUUGCACACCACCAUCACCACCAUCACCAUCACCAUGGCAACAUGGAGCCCCCGGACAUCAUGGACCACAUAAACUCCCAGUCGCUAUCGCUCAUGACCGGCGGAGCGCACGAUGGCACGGGUGGUGGAGGAGGCGGUGGUGGAGGAGGUGGGGGCCUCAUCUCCAGCUCCUCGGGACACCACCACUCUCAUAUGCACGGCCUGGGACACCUGUCUCACCAGGCCGCCAUGAGCAUGAACUCGCCUCUUACGCACCAUGGCCUUAUACCGGGCCAUCACGGGGGCGGCCAGGUCCCCAACAACGGGCUGCCCUCCAUCAAUGACUCAGACACGGACCCACGGGAGCUGGAGGCCUUCGCCGAGCGCUUCAAACAGCGGAGGAUCAAACUAGGGGUGACACAAGCGGACGUGGGCGGCGCUCUGGCGAAUCUCAAAAUUCCAGGCGUAGGGUCACUGAGUCAAAGUACAAUUUGUAGAUUUGAGUCUUUGACACUGUCGCACAACAAUAUGAUCGCGCUCAAGCCCAUCCUGCAGGCCUGGCUGGAGGAGGCCGAGGGGGCCCAGCGGGAGAAACUGAGCAAACCUGACAUUUUCAACGGAGGCGAAAAGAAACGGAAGAGGACGUCCAUAGCUGCGCCUGAAAAGAGAUCUUUAGAGGCGUACUUUGCCGUCCAGCCUCGGCCUUCGUCGGAGAAAAUUGCUGCUAUUGCAGAAAAGUUGGACUUGAAAAAAAAUGUGGUGCGAGUGUGGUUUUGUAACCAAAGACAGAAGCAGAAGAGGUUGAAAUUCUCUGCUACUCACUGA